AGCAAAACAGGAAACAAAUUUGACGUGUAGCAGCACACAAAGAGGAAGAGGAGGGUUUUCCAGUCAGUCAAACUGCUGCUGGUCUGAUUCCAUCCAGCUGCAGAAUGGAGGGAACAUGUGUCCAGAUGCUGCUGGCUCUGAUCUCACUGCUGUGCUGCACAACAAACGGAGCUCGUCUGACCAUCAGUCCCAGCAGAUCUCAGCUGUUUGAAGGAGACUUUGUGUCUCUGAUCUGUGAGGAGGACGACAGCUCUGCUGGAUGGACGGUGAGGAGAAACACCACCAGACAACUGUCUGAGUGUGGAGAUAGAUGGGGGAAAGCAGCUGGUUCAUCCUGUAACAUCAGUGUUGUCUUCACAAGGGACUCUGGAGUUUACUGGUGUGAGUCCAGAGAGGGAGCAACCAGUAACAGCAUCACCCUCACUGUCACUGGUGGAUCAGUGAUCCUGCAGAGUCCUGUCCUCCCUGUGAUGGAGGGAGAUGACCUCACUCUGAGCUGUCAAUCAAAGCCUCCCUCCAACCUCCCAGCUGCUUUCUAUAAAGAUGGCUCCCUCAUCAGGACUGAGUCUACAGGUCACAUGACCCUCCACCAUGUUACCAGGUCUGAUGAAGGUCUCUACAGGUGUAGCAUCAGCAGCCAUGGAGAGUCUCCACCCAGCUGGAUCUCUGUCACAGGUAAACCUACAACCACACCCCCACUACUGUAGCCUCACCCCUUUCCUCAUUCUCCUUCCAUCUUCUGUUCACUCUGCUCCUCCACCUGCUGGUGUUCUGUCCGUACUUCAUCUCCACCCUCCUCAUGGUGUCUUUAUAUCGACACAGAGACACAGGUAACACUGAACCAUUCACUGACCUGUCAAUCAAUCAAUGAGUCAACGGAGCUGAGUAAUGAUUCACAAGUCAGUAAAGUGAUUCUUGAGUAUUGAACGAUUCCUUCAUGACUUGUACAUCACUAAACUGAAUUCUUCUUCUUGUGUUGAUCAAUAAUCUACAUUUUCUUUCUAACCUGCUCUGUCUGCAGGAAGCGAUCUGCCCGUCUCCAUGGUGAUGACUCCAUCCUCCCAGGCUGAUCAAAGAUUGGAUGAUGACCAUAAUGAUGUCACCACAGAGCAUCAUUUAAACUGAGCUGAACAUCUCAUCUCUCUCUUCUUCUGCUCUUCUUGUCUUCAAACGUUAGAAACCAAAUGUUUCCAGAACUGAGCUCAGCAUGUGGUAAGGAGGCGCUAGCACCCUCCUCAGCUUCAUUUUAACUUUUUUCUGAAGGAGAAUAAAUAUGGACACGUCA